AUGUCUCUGUCCGGCUCACAGACACCAGAGGACGGACUCUACGGCUCCUGGGUCGAGCUGGAGGAGCUGAUCGCAGCCGUGAGCAGCAGGGAGAGUCUGACAGGGCCGCAGGACUGCAUCUCCUCCGCCCUGCAUGGGGAGCUGGAGAGGAUCCUUCUGGAGGCGCAGCUGGAGUGUGAGAGGAGCAAAGACAGUCCUCCGCAGGUGGGAUCUCCACGGUCCACUGGUUCCCCGAGACCCAGCAGUGAUCAGGACAGUGACUGUGUCACCAUACAGGAGGACGUUGAGCGGCGGGUGGACACAGACUGGGUGUGGGAUUGGUCCAGUAGACCUGAAAAUAUGCCACCAAAAGAGUUUGUGUUUCAGCACCCGAAGCAGCCGAGCUCCCUCAGCGUUAGGAAGACAGAGGUGAUGAAGAGAGGACUCUUCUCCUCCGAUGUUCUCCUCAUCCUCGUUCCCUCGCUGCUGGCUUCACACCUGCUCACACUUGGAGUCGGGAUCUACAUAGGAAAGCGACUGGCUGCUUCCACAACUAGCACGCUGUGA